AUGCGAUCUAACGGACCGCGUAUCGCAGUGCUGCUAGGCUGGCUGUAUGCUGUGAGCAUCGUCGUCCGAGAAUGUGCGUCCGAACCCGUGUAUCUCGAGGUGAAGGAAGGUCUACCGAUCGGUACGUCCGUCGGUUUCAUACGGGUCCAAUCCGGAUUUACAUACCGAUUCAACGAUCAGCCCAAGGAAUUCGAACUUAACGCCACCAGCGGUGAAAUAAAAACGACGGUGGUGCUCGAUCGCGAAGCUCUCCAGAACGACCGCAUCGACCUGGUGAUCUUGUCAAGCCAACCGACCUAUCCUGUCGAGGUUAGAAUCGUCGUGCUUGACGUCAAUGACAACUCUCCCCAGUUCCCCGAGCCGAGCCUUGCGGUCCAGUUGAGCGAGUCCAGCGCCAUCAACAAGAAGAUUUUCCUCACGACAGCAACAGACCGGGAUAUCGGCAACAACGGUAUUACAUCCAAGUACAGAAUCGUCGGGGGUAACGAAGAUGGCAAAUUCGAUCUCCGGACCUCAAACGAUCCGAAUACGUUCUCGGUGGUUUUUUUAUACCUCGAGACGGUGGCCACGUUGGAUCGAGAGCAGAAAGAAUUCUACAGACUCAAUAUCUCGGCCGAGGACGGGGGAAAUCCGCCCAUGCACGGUUACCUGAUCGUGAACAUAACGGUUCUCGACACGAAUGACAACCCACCGAUUUUCGACCACUCCGCGUACUCCGUGAGCAUGAAUGAAUCGCUUCCAGCCGGACAUCGAGUUCUGCAAGUGCACGCCAGCGACGCCGACGCCGGCGAUAACGCACGGAUUUCCUACUCCCUCGCUGAAAGCAACGCCAAACAAGCGAAUCAAUUUAGUAUAGAUCAGCACACCGGCGUAAUAUCGACCAAUUUCGACAAUAUUAUCUGCGGCGCGAAUCGUGCCAGCGGCAGUGUGAACAAAAGCUGCGUGCUCACCGUCUACGCACGCGACAACGGCUCCCCCCGGCAAGACGGACGAACUUAUGUCACGGUCAACUUGGUCGAUACAAACGAUCACGACCCUCAAAUUACGUUCAGAGUUUUCGGGGAGGCGUCGGUCACCGACGCUACCGUUGAUGAGAACGCCGAGAGGAAUCAGGUUGUUGCGGCCAUAUCUGUCGUGGACGGCGACGACGGGCUCAACGGCGAAACGGAAUUGAGCCUGUCGGCAGGAAACGACAUGAAGCAUUUCAGGCUGGACAACGAGCAGACAUUCUACACUGUCCGCGUCGACGGAGUUCUCGACCGUGAGAAAGUACCGUGGUACAACUUGACGUUCGUGGCCACUGAUAAAGGUACUCCAUCUCGAUCGACGAUUAAAUUCCUGAUCAUUCGGGUGAACGACGUCAACGACCACGAGCCUCAAUUCGAGAAGAGCGAGUAUUCGGUCGUGCUCAGCGAAACUGUCAAUGUGGGCAGCUACGUCGUGGCCGUAUCGGCGACCGACGAAGACACCGGCGUGAACGCUCUCGUAUUCUACGGCAUCGAGUCUGGAAACGAUAGGCAUUGGUUCGCCAUCGACAAGAAGACGGGACUAGUGACGACGGUCGAGAUCUUGAAUCGUGAAGAGCAGGACUUGGUCGAAUUGAAAAUUUACGCUCACGACGGUGGUCCGAACAGAAAGUUCGCGUACACGACGCUCAAAAUCCACAUCCAAGACGAGAACGACGAAGCCCCGGCGUUCGUCAUGAACCACCUGAACGUCACGCUGAGCGAGAACGCUACCCCUCACGCUCUUGUUACCCAGAUCACCGCCACCGACAACGAUCUGGGUCCUAACGGAACGGUUAGCUACGCGUUGCAGUCGUCGGUGAAACUCCAGUACGGGGACAUGUUCGAAAUCGAUCCGCUCUCCGGCCGAAUCACAACCGCGAUGGCUCUCGAUCGGGAACGGUGCGCCUUCUAUCAGCUCACCGUUAUCGCCAAGGACAACGGUCAGCCGUCGCUAUCGUCCACGGUGAACGUUAGCGUCCACGUUGCGGAUGUGAACGACAACAGACCGAUAUUGUAUCCGAGCAUCUAUUUCCAUCAAGUUCGAAGCGGGAUCAAGCCCGGAGCUUUUUCAACGAGGGUCUACGCCUCAGACGCGGACGAGGGGGUGAACGCGAGAAUCGUUUUCAGCAUCGUCAACGGUGCGGAGGACCGUUUCAAAAUCAACGACGCCACGGGCGAGAUCCUGAACACCAGAGUCCUCGACACGAGACAGCAAGCUCGUUAUGAGAUAACGGUUUCCGCCACAAACAAGGAGCCCCUGGAUGGCCUGCUGGAAGGAAAGGCCACGAGCACGGCCAUGGUCGUCGUUUUCGUGCGAGACGCAGCGUUCCGAGAAUCGCAAGCGGAGGGGAAUUAUUCGUUCAAGAUCUCAGAAAGCUCAGGAGAUCAUGGUAAUCGGCGAGCGGUUGGAAGUCUUAGAAAACUCGACGGAGCCAAAUACUCGAUCGUGAACGGGGACCCCUUCUCCUACUUCAGCAUCGACCCCCUUCAGGCGGUGAUCUACACGACGGACGUUGCGAUAGAUCGCGAGAAGAUGCCGUCGACGAACUUGACCGUCGUUGCGAACACCCUUUACAACUUCACCACCUACAACGUAGCCGUGGAAAUAACCGAUAUCAACGAUAACGCGCCGUAUUUCGAACGACCGUUCGUGACGAUUCGGAUACCCGAAUCGUUCGCCAUCGGUCUCGACGUUUUCGUAUCGCAGGCCAACGAUUUAGACGAGGGUCCGAACGCUCAAAUUCUCUAUUCGUUAGAAGAUCCCGAGGAUUUGUUCUUCAUCGAUGAGCAUGUAGGCGUCGUCCGUCUGAAACGCUCUCUCCGGGGACAGCAAGCCGGGCGCACGAUACCCAUCGAAAUCACAGCGAGAAACCCGACCGUAGGCGACGACGGUGGUGGAGGUGGCGAGCUCAGUGCAAGCCAGCUGCUCUUCAUCGAAAUCGAAGACGUCAACGAUCACACGCCGUUCUUCGACCAUACGAGCUACGAAAUCAGUUUGGCGGAGCUCACCCCGGUGAACGAAAGAUUCUUCUCGCUCUACGCCGCCGAUGACGACGUGGGGGAGAACGGUCAAGUAACGUACUCGAUAACCGGAGGGAACGAGGAACAGAAGUUCGGAAUUUUCCCCGACGGACAAAUGUUCGUCAAGGAAGCUCUCGAUCACGAACAUCACGAUUUUUACGUGCUCGUCGUCACCGCACGCGAUAACGGCGCACGACCGAGGAGUUCCAGCGUUCCACUCACCAUCCACAUCAUCGACGAUAACGACAACGUUCCGCGUUUCGUCCCUAACGGCAACCUGGUGUUCUCCAUUGUCGAAAAUCAAGAGCCCGACAGCUUCGUUGGGAUCCUCGUAGCCGAAGACGCCGACUCGGGUCGGAACGCAGAGCUCACCUACGCGUUGAGCAGCGAUCAGACCGAUUUCGCCGUGGAUCCGAGAUCGGGAGUCAUCAGAAGUCUGAAGAGUUUCGACAGAGAAAAACUUGUCGAGACCAUGAGCCACGACUAUAUCACCGUUGAGGCCUCGGUGUCGGACAACGGUAAUCCGCGACUCAAAAGCGAGACGCGCAUUGUCGUCCACGUGCUGGACGAGAACGACAACCCACCGGUGUUCUCUAGGAAAGUCUACAAGUCUCCGAUCUCUGAAUCUACGCCUGCGAACACGCAGAUCGCGAGGGUCAGUGCCACGGAUCCAGAUGACGGUCCGAACGGUAUGAUCGUGUACACCAUCCCGGACACGGACGUGGUGACGAUCGACAGCGUGUCGGGCCAGAUUUCCCUGAGCAAAACUUUAGAUCGGGAAACUGUCACCGAAUACAGUCUCACGGUGAUCGCCUCCGAUGCUGCGCCGAUGGCCUCGAGGCGCUUCGCGGUCGCUACGCUGAACCUCAUCAUUUUGGACGAGAACGACAAUUUUCCCGUCUUCAAUGCGUCCACCCACGAAUCGAAGGAAAUUCCGGAAGACACCGAAAUCGGAGCGGAGAUCUAUCAAUUUUCCGCCGAAGACAUGGAUCUCGGACUCAACGGUGAGGUUUCGUAUUCGAUUUCCGCCGGGAACAUCAGGGACGCAUUCAGGAUCGACGCGAUCACCGGUGUCCUCCGAGUGAAUAAGGCGCUGGACUUCGAGCAGAAAUCCUCGUACGCCCUGAAUAUCACGGCCGCGGACGGGGGCUCGCCGAGCCUGUCGACGAGCAUCGUUUUCCAGCUCAAGCUCACGGACGUCAACGACAACGCUCCCGUGUUCCCGAACGGGGCCAUCGUACGCACGGUCAGAGAGGGAAUAGCCUCGGACACGAUGGUGGCUAGCGUCGUGGCGACCGACCGCGACCUCAAGCAGAACUCGAAGAUUUCGUACUCCUUGACGGGGCAGGUUCCGCACACCGAGCCUUUCCAUUUCCGCAUCAAAGCCGAAACAGGUCAGAUUUACACGGCCAGGGAGAUCGACCGGGAGUUCACUGAUACCUACAAACUGACCAUCACAGCCACCGACCAUGGAGAGCCCGCUCUGACCUCAGAGAAGGCUCUGACCCUGGUCAUCGAAGACGUGAACGAUAACGCCCCGAGCUUCAUCUCGGUGGGAACGGCGGUACUGCCAGUGCCGGCAAACCGCAGCCACAGUAUCAUGGCGGUCACUGCGACAGAUCCCGAUGCGGGAACUAACGGUCAGGUCAGCUACGAGCUCGUUGGAGGUAUCCACCAUCUCUUCGACCUGGAUCGAAUGACGGGGGAGAUUCUCCUCAAGCAAAAUCUGCUCCCGACUUCGCAGUUCGACGUCAGUUAUCAAUUGAAGAUUCGAGCUUUCGACGAGGCUCCAAUAUCCCAGAGACGCAGCUCCGAGACACGGGUCGUAAUAAUUACAUCUGCUGGUGAAUCGUCUGAUAUUCGCUUCGAGAAAAGUCAAUACUCCGGAUCGAUAGGCGAAAACGAGCCCGCGGGGACAUCUGUUCUGUCGGUUCGCGCUGUGGGUCGGGCAGAUUCCGAACUGGAAUAUUACGUUACUGCCGUGUCGGCGGGCAGCAGUCCCCAGGGUCGCAAGUUCGUUGUAGAUAUCAAGACCGGUGUCAUCGAGACGGCUACACCGUUAGAUAGAGAGCUACAGCCGGAACCCUACGAGGUCAUCAUUUACGCCACGGAUCGAAACGCUAGAACACCAAUGACUGCGAAAACGAAGGCCAUCAUCCGCGUCUCGGAUCGGAACGACACGCCUCCCAGAUUCACGGGAGUGCCGUACGCGAUACGAAUUUCUGAGGAUGCCGCGACCUCCACCACCAUACUGACGGUCCACGCCGAGGAUCCCGAUCUCCAGGGCUCCGUGAAAUACGAGCUCGUGUCGUCGAAGGACAGAAGUGCAUUCCAAGGGUGAACUCGUCCCGCCUGCCGCAGCUCGCGCCGGAAAACGUUUCAAUAGUUUUCCUCGUCCAGGUUUCAGAUCGAUACCAUGAGAGGUCAUAUCGUACUCGUCGAACAGCUUGAUCGAGAACUAGCCGCCCAGCACCAAUUGACCGUGCGUGUUUCCGACGGCGUCCAGAGCUGCGAAACGAACGUUGAUAUCACCGUUCUCGACACCAACGACAACAGUCCUGUCUUCAGCCACAGCAUGUUCUCGUUCGAUAUACCCGAAGACACUCCUCGAGGUCACAAGAUCGGAAGCGUUCGUGCCACGGACGCUGACAUCGGGCAGAACGGCCAGGUGUCCUACUCUGUUCUGUCUGAUUGGGGAAACGAUCUGUUCUCGCUCAAUCCACAAACCGGAGUAUUCACCCUGACUUCGAACCUCGACUACGAGCAGUACCAACACUACAUAUUCGUCGUGUCAGCCCAAGACGCAGGAGUACCCAGUCUGUCCAGCACUGUGACGGUCUACAUGAACGUCAUAGAUUUCAAUGAUAACUCGCCGGUCUUCGAUCCACUUUCGUACACUGCCGAAGUGCGCGAGGACGCUCCCCUCAACACCACCGUGCUAUCUGUGCACGCUUCGGAUCUCGAUUCAGGUCCGAACGGGGAGAUAUCCUAUACGAUCCUCGAAGGAGACGACGAUCAACAAUUCAGAAUCUCUGAAAACGGAAGAAUCAUCACUACACGCGCGCUGGACCGAGAAACGAGGUCCCAUUACAAUCUGAUCGUCUCCGCCGAAGACCGCGCAGCUAACCCGAGACAACGACUAUCAUCAAUAGCACAAGUUUCCAUUGUGAUCCAAGACGUGAACGAUAUCACACCGCAUUUCGUUUCGCCAAACACGAGCUCAAUCGUUGAGAACGCCCCCUUGAACACGAUAAUCAUGGCGGUCAAAGCCGUCGAUGGUGACGAGGGUCGGAACUCGCACAUCGAGUACUCGUUCGCCUCGAGAUCGGAGUCCCUGUUCUCCAUCGGACCCGUCGACGGCCUGUUACGCGUGAACAGCGAGCUUGACCGCGAGCUCAAAUCAGAAUAUCAGAUUAUCGUCGUCGCCAAAGAUCGAGGCAAACCACCGCUUUCGGCAACCACCACCAUCAUAGUUCACGUCCUGGACGAGAACGACAACAGUCCAGUUUUCGAGCAGCGGCAGUACGAAGCUGUAAUGAGCGAAAAUUCUCCAGUCGAGAAGUCCGUCAUCAAGGUGUCUGCCACGGAUUUCGACGUCGGGCCGAGCGGACUCAUACGUUACAGUAUCGUCGCCGGUGAUCCGAACCACGAUUUUUCCAUCGAUGAAGAGACCGGCGUCAUCCGAGUCCACAAGCAAGUCGAUUACGAACGAAAAAACCGUUACGUCAUUACCGUUCAGGCCGAAGACAGCUCGACCGAAGCACGUCACGACACGUGCAUGAUCUCGAUCACGCUCAAAGACGUAAACGAUAACCCUCCGACCUUCUUGGACAAUCCCUACGAGGCUUCCAUCGUCGAAAACGCGAUCAUUCCGUCCGGCGGGGGAUUGCUCAUUACGCAGAUGCAGGCCGUCGAUGUAGACGCCGACUCGAAUCGGAACAUAUAUUAUCGACUUCUGGACGGGGAUAAGGCGCUCUUCCGCGUCAACAGCUCGAACGGAAACGUCUACGCCAUGCGGAGCUUGGACCGCGAGCAGCAGUCCGAGUACACUGCCACGGUUCUGGCCAUCGAUUCAGGGACCCCGCGAUUGACCGGUACGGGGACGUUGAUCCUCUCGGUUAGCGACCGCAACGACAACGCACCGGUAUUCGAGAAGCCGUUCUAUGAGAUUCAUGUUUCGGAGAAUCUGCCCGCCGACACAUUCAUUGCAAAAAUCACAGCAACCGACAGCGACCAAGGCCUGAACGCUCUGUUGAGGUACACUUUGAAAGAACCAUCAGGCUGGUUCGAACUGGAUCCUCAAACAGGUGUUCUGAUCGCGAAACGGAGUUUCGAUCGAGAAAAGCAUGCUUCGUUCGAUCUAGAAGUCAACUGCACCGAUUCCGGUCUGGCCAUCAAAAAAUGGACGGCUGUGAGCGUUCGGGUUCUGAUCGAUGACGUCAACGACAACGCCCCCGAAUUCCACAGGAGCAUUUACUCGAUCAAAGUCGAUGAGACAGGGGUUGAAGGUGGCUUCGUAUUCGGGGGUCAGGCCCACGAUGCGGAUAUCGGACUGAACAGUAUGGUCGAAUACUCGCUCUCCGGUCCAGAUGUCGACUUCUUCGUCGUAGAGCCCACCACGGGCGUUGUGAAACAACGCAAGCCUUGGAUGGCGGACCGGCAGAGCCCGUACGAAUUCCGUCUCAUCGCAUCCGAUAAAGGUCAACCACCGAUGUCAUCCAACGCCAUUUUACGCGUGAGAGUCGAGAGACACGUGGACUUCCCUGAAAUCCAGGGGGGAAAGCAGCAGUUCGUGCUGCCUGAAGACACGUCCCCAGGACUUCUCCUGACAACUAUCAGAGCGAAGUCUUCCCUAUACUCGACGAUAAAUUACAGGAUCGGUGGUGGAAAUCUCGGAGACGUUUUCGGAGUGAACGCCUCGACCGGAGCUGUGUUCGUGGCUAAAAAAUUGGACUACGAGACUGUGAAAGAAUACAGCCUCUGGAUCCAGGCGGAGAACAUCAAUUCCAAAUUAUCGGCGGCAACCGAGCUUCAGGUUCGAGUACAGGAUGUGAACGACAACUCACCGAUGUGCUCUCAAGCUGUUUUCAACGUCACGGUCAUGGAGGAACAAGCACCCCCGGAGUUCGUCGCUCAGGUCCACGCGACCGACGCGGACGAAGGAACGAACGGAGAUGUGUUCUACCAGUUCGAGAGCGUCGCCGAAACGUCCCUGUUCUCGAUCGAGUCGGACACCGGCAAAGUUUUCACCCGAUCGAAGCUCGAUAGGGAAACGAUGUCGAGGUAUCGUCUCAUCGUCCAGGCCGUCGACCGAGGAUUUCCCGCCAACACGGGAACUUGCACAGUGAUGGUCGAAGUCGCCGAUAAAAACGACAACAGCCCUCGUUUCACGCGACUGUUCAGCGCCAACGUGUCCGAGGACGCGACCAUCGGAACUUUCGUGAUCCAGAUGACGAGCAUCGACAGCGAUAUCGGUCAGAACGCCAUUGCGACCUAUUCUCUGAACGAGAAUCCUGGCGGGAAAUUCGCGAUCGAUCCCGUGUCCGGGAACGUCACGGUGGCCGGGAGCUUGGACAGGGAGCUCAAGGACGAGUACAACCUCAAAGUGACGGUUUUCGACGGAGCCUGGAAGAAAGACACGCCUCUCACAAUAACCGUGACCGACGUCAACGACAACAGCCCUCAAUUCGGUAAAACGGAAUACACGUUCUACCUCGCCGAGAAACAAGUGAUCCAGAGCUACGUCGGCCUGAUCCAAGCGAUCGAUCGCGACAAGGAAGGGAGAAAUUCGAGAAUAUCGUAUUUCCUCAAAAGGCCCUCUGAAUCGUUCCACGUCGAUUCCAUGUCGGGAAACAUAACGACGAAGAGGACGUUCACCUAUCGGAAGAGCAGGCGGGGACUUUCGCCGGAAAACAUUCACACUCUUCAAAUCGUCGCCACCGAUUACGGAAAACCCGCGCUGACGGGUGAGACCACCGUAAUCGUAAACAUCAUGGACAGCAAUAGCAACGCCCCCGUUUUCGUGGAGAAAUCGUAUUUCGUACCCGUGCCGGAGAGCUUGUCAGUGGGGACGUCUCUGAUUCAGGUUGAAGCCACUUCCAAAGACGAGCACCUCGAUGCUGAAGUGCAAUUUCACGUUGCGGGAGGCAACGGAACGGAUCUCAUCGAGUUGGAUGCGCACACCGGCUGGAUAACUCUAGCGAAAGCGGUACGGGACCGAUUCGGAGACGUCUUCGAGAUCGAACUCGCUGCGAGCGACAGUAGAGCGCCUCUCAAGCGAAGCUUUGUCACGGUCACGAUCAGAAUCACUCAAGAGAACAAAAAUGCGCCGAGUUUCUCCUCGGCGAGCUACCAGAUCUCCGUUGCCGAAAACGAACCCGUCGGCAACGAGCUCCUCACGAUCCAGGCUUCAGAUCCGGACGAGGGCGUGAACGGUCAGUUGGCGUUCUCGAUUGAAGCCAACGGAAAUUUUGCCAUCGACAAGCACAGCGGAAUCGUCACGCUGAACGAGAGCUUGGAUUUCGAGACGGCUCAGGGAUACAGUCUCAAGGUCGCUGUUCGUGACCUCGCAUUCAACUCUUUCAGCGCAUUCGUCACGCUGACGGUCGUGGUGACCGAUGUCAACGAUUGCGCCCCGAGGUUCAGCGCGAACGAAUUCCACGCUUACAUUCACGAGAACGAACCCGUCGAUACCGAAAUAUCGAAACUCGAAGCCACGGACGAGGACUCGCCGAGGAAUCGAAUAAUUCGUUAUUCCCUGCUCGGUCCCCAGUCGCGCCUGUUCGCAAUCGACGACGUGAGUGGCGUGCUCGUCUCGAAAGCGAUUUUCGAUUUCGAGCAACAAGCGGCCUUCGAGCUCGAAGUUGUUGCGAGCAAUCCGGGGACCGUACAGUUCACGUCGACAAAACUCACGGUUCACGUUCUCGGCAGGAACGAGUUCUACCCGAAAUUCACACAGCGCAUCUUCGAGUUCCAAGCGAGCGAAUCCGACCCCGUCGGGAAAUUCGUUGGGAACAUCACAGCAAUCGACGAGGAUGCCGGGGAAGACGGCGUGGUGCUCUACUUCCUGGUGGGGGCGAACAACGAGCGCGGCUUCAAAGUCGACACGCGCACAGGCGCCAUCUCUGUGGCCCGGAAGCCCGACCGCGAGAACGAGGCUCGCGUUGUCCUUACCGCCAUAGCGAAGAACGGCGGAAGUAUUCGCGGCAACGACACCGAUGAGGCUCAGGUUGUGAUCCUGAUCCAAGAUGGAAACGAUCCGCCUGUGUUCUCAAAGUCUCUCUACGAGGUCAAAGUACCCGAAGACGUGGACCUCGACCAUUACGUCGUGACGGUGUCCGCCACCGACAGGGACGUCCGACCGAGCAACAAUCAGUUCGUGUACGCGAUCCUCGACGGAAACAUCAACAGAGCAUUCACGAUCGAUCCGAACACCGGCGAUCUGCACACGGCCUCGAACUUGGACCGGGAGUCCAUGUCGCAUUACAACCUCACGGUGGGAGCCAUCGACAACGGGAUCCCCAGUCAGACGGGUCAGACCACGGUUUUGGUGACGAUCGCCGACGUCAAUGACAACGCGCCCUAUUUCGAGAAUACGGAGAUCGUUGGCUACAUCGCCGAAAACGAGCCGCCGUACACCUCGGUCAUGGUGCUCAGUGCCAAGGACAAGGACGCGCCGCCGAACACCGGACCUUUCGCGUAUUUUCUGGUCGGUGGCGUUCACAAGAACCGUUUCGAGCUCGACCGACACAGCGGAGUGCUGAGGAGCGUCGAGUCCCUCGACAGAGAAUCGAAUCCUCAGAUGGAUCUGAUCGUCGAGGUCCACGAUAACGGUUCGCCGAUGCACAAAUCCCGCACAAAAAUCACGAUAAACGUCACGGACAAAAACGAUAAUCCAUCGUCGCCGCGGAACGUGACUGUCAUCGUGUGGACGCUGAACGGGGUUUUCCCGGGCGGGAAAAUAGCCGACGUACAGCCGUUGGACAUCGAUAGCGUCGGAGACUUCAACUGUAGGAUCCAAUCGGGAGACACGUCAGUCUUCAGCCUACCGAGACGUUGUUCCCUGCACAGUCGUCGGUCGGAGCAUCCUGAGAACUACCACCUCGUCGUGAGAGGAAACGACGGACGUCACCAGGAAGUCCUCUCGACGGUUAUGGUUCAGUUUCGUUCGUUCGACAACUCGACCCUAAAACAAUCGAUCACGCUCCUGUGGCCAAACUCGACCGCGGACGAAUUUCUUUCCGCUCACUAUGAGGACUUCAUGGAGACCGUCAGCCAGGCAACGAGCUACAUGGGAGCUCCGGCGGCCUUCAGCAUUUCCGAGUCGGAAGGCUCCGUUCAGAUCAGCGUGGCCGUUCAGAAACGCCCGGGGGUCUAUGCUUCGCCGAGCGAAGUGAGGAACGCAUUCCAGAAAUCCUCGUCUUCGAACAGCCUAUUCGAUCUGAUCAUCGGUUACGAUCCUUGCGAGAGCAAACCGUGUCUCAACGGGGCGCAUUGUCAAUCGGAAUUGGAGCAGGGUGGUCAGUUCCGUUUCAGCAACUCCGACUCGUUGAUCAUCACGUCUCCGAACAUUUUACGCGUGGCGAAAUGCACCUGUCCCCUCGGAUACUACGGAAAAUACUGUGAAUCUCAACGUGAUCCCUGUUCCCCGAACCCGUGCUCACCGGAAGCGACCUGCCACCACGACCAGAAGAACGGUUUCUAUUGCUCCUGUCCGCCGCAUCUGCUCGGCAGACUCUGUGAGCUGCAGAACACGGACAGCUGCAACGCUUUUCCGUGCAGGAACGGAGGAUCGUGCGAAAAUUCGCCGAGCGGAGGCUUUUUCUGCCUCUGCAAGCCGGGUUUCAAAGGCACAUUCUGCGAGCAUCGGAGCGACAGCUGUAGACCGAACCGUUGCCUGAACGGAGGAGUGUGUCUCGCGGAUAAAUCCGCCUACCAGUGCAAAUGCAAACUCAAUUAUUACGGGAAACACUGCGAGAGAACAACUUACGGCUUCCAUCCGUACUCGUUCAUGGAAUUCCCCACGCUCAGGUCGAGUACCAACGACAUUUCGAUCGUUUUCGCCACGAGCAAACGGAACGCCCUGCUCGCCUACAACUAUGGAUCUCAAAGCGGUGGUCGGAGCGACUUCAUUUCUCUGGAGCUCGUCGAAGGGAAACCGAAGUUCAGCUUCGGAGGCUCCCGCACCGCGAUCAGUUACGUGACACUGAACACUGUGGUCGCUGACGGCCAGUGGCACAAGAUCACCGUUUUCCGUAACGGAAAGACCGCCUCGCUAUCGGUCGUGGAUUGCGUCGGCUACGGCGAAAUCUGCGAGGAGUGCUCUCACAGCAACUCUACGUGUUCCGCUUCGGUGUUGGGACAUGCAGGCACCCUAGGUUUCAACAACAACCCUCUAUACAUCGGUGGCGUCCCAUAUGUAGAAGCAAUCCUGGAACGACCAUCCCAGCUCUCGUCGGACGAUUUCGUUGGCUGUGUCCACUCGGUCUCGAUAAACGGCAAAUCUCUCGACCUGGAGUCACCCUUGAAGUCCCAAUUCAUCUCCGACAUGUGUCCCCGUGAGAGCGACGUCUGCGCUUCGAAAUGUGGCGGCGGGGAAUGCAUCGAUGAAUGGUUUUCUUCUUCGUGCGUCUGUCCGAACGGAAUGAUUGCCCCCGACUGCCAACUCGAAAGUUCGUCGGUGUUUGCGAUAGCUGGAGAGGCCUUCCUUGAACUGGUUCCGAAGGAGAAACAGAGAAGGUGAGCAGUUGCAAAAGAAGAGAGGGCCUACAACUCCGGUCCGGAACUCGGGGCCUACAAAUUCAUCUCGAAAAAAAAUUCCAAAAACACCGUUGAACCCGAGCCGGUCAAGAGCAUGGCGUUCUCGUUCCGAACAAAGUCAACGAAUGGUCUAUUGAUGCUGUCCACCACUGAGGCCGACUUCACCAAGUUGGAACUCUCCAACGGACGCUUGACCUACCACUCACAAUACAAAGGCGACCGAAUGAUUUCCGUCGAUCUCGAGACCUCAUGCGCAGACGGCCAGUGGCACACGGUCACUCUGAUUCGGUACCACGAGCCCCGACCGUGGGUCAGCAUGACGCUCGACGAGCGUACCGUCGACAUCCGUCUCGCGCCCGAAGCCCACGGGAUCCACGACUUCAUCGAUCCCUUCCUGACGAAAAUGUGGCUCGGGGGUUACGCCUCGAGCGCCUACAACGCCAUCGUGGGGAACACGCCGACGUUCUUCGGUUGCAUCCAAGGGAUCAGCGUCAACCGUGAGGUGCAGUCGAUGAACUCGACCCGACCCACGUACUUCGAGGUCAUCGCGCGCGGCGAAAUCCUGAAUGGCUGUUCCGAAACCACGAUGGGCGCCGCUUUCGGCGCAAGAUAUCCUCUGAACAUCGGGAUAAUCGUUGUGAUAGUGUUUUUCGCAACGCUGAUCUGCGGAUUAUUCGCCAGUUACACGUUCUUCAAACAAUGUAAAUCCGUCGAGGGUUCUCAGAAGUCCGAGCAUAAGAUCUCGAAUACCUACGUUUCGCCUUCGUCCGCGAGAGACAACAACAACCAGGAUGUGAGUGCGCAGGAAGUCGUCACGUCCACCCCAUCGAGACCGGAAAAUGCGGGUCUCCAGCCAAAAAAGCAAAGAUCCCUAUGGCCCCCGUCCGAUGGCGGGGCACUUCUGAACAGUUUCCAGGACUUCGAUUCCCGGGAAAAGACCGACCACGAGAGCGGUCGGGAGGUCUACCAGUCACGUCUGCCGGCCUACAACAUACAAGCGGGCUCCGAAGCUCCGGAAUGCUACGACUUCGAGAACGCGUCGAGCAUCGCCCCUUCGGACAUCGACAUAGUCUACCACUACAAGGCGUACCGGGAUGCGACGGGUGCUGUACGCGACCGACGGAAUAAACCUCCGCUGCCGUACCAGAACCGUUUGAGUCCUCCGGCGAGCAACGCAAUUCCCAAUUUGCAGUCAAGACAGCUACCCCACAACGUCCUAGCGCAAAGUCUGAGUCCCCUCGCAAAUAUCCGGAACAGUCCAUCCCAGGUGCUCCAGAACACUCCGUUGGCGAGACUGAGCCCGUCUAGCGAGGUCUCUCAGCCUCUGCCCCGGAUUCUCACCCUGCGAGACAUUUCCGGCAAACCGAUCCAGAACGCUCUGUUGGCGAGCUCGUCGAAGAACCUCGACCCCAUGGCGAUUUCCGACAGAAGUUUAGGAUCGCCGGUGAGCUCAAGCCAUAUAGCGUCGAGCAAAGACCUGGAGUCUCCGGCGCUACAGAGCGCAACGCUCUCGGCUGCUGCGCAGCUGAACAAACUCAACGGCACGCCGACUGCUGAGAUCGAACUAGGAUUGACGCAGGACGAGAUAGAGAGAUUGGAUUUUAGGAGAAAUUCGAGUUUGGUGCGAGCGUUGGAUGCCGUCCAGUCGGACACCGAUGACGACAUCGACGACAGGAACGACGCGGGAGCCGACGACGACAUCGGCCCGAAAUCGGUCGAUCACGAGCUGGAAACCAACACGGACGGGAGGGACGACGACUCCAGCGCCGACGAAUCCGAAAACGAGAGCUUCACCUGUUCCGAGUUCGAAUUCGGGCACAACUACGAAAAAAUCAAAUGUCCCCCAAAGCCCCGCAAACAGCCCGCUCCGAAUCCCGCCCAGAGCGAAUACGCUCUCAAACAAGUCGCCAAGCAAGCCUACAACGCCUACGAGGUCCCGCCGCCCGAUCCUCCCGGUGCGGCGCCCUUGAACUGGAACCUCAUGAACUCGUGGGCUCAUCAGCGGCCGGCCGUCGUGAAAGCAGCGCCUCGAGCGAUUCAUUCCCGGCAGAACUCUCGCGACUCGAACCUGUCUCUGCAUUCCGCUGCUAGUCGUUCCAUUCACUCCAGGCAGAAUUCUCGGGAUUCGAGCGCUCGAACUUCGCUGCACGGUAGCCUCCACAACAUCGUAUCGCAUUCGCGACAGCAUUCGCGGGAUUCGGCGUACUCGAUGCACGCAUCGAAUCACCAACCGGCGACGAACAACACCAACGAGGAAUACGUUUAG